AACAGAACCGCUUUGUUGUUUUAUUGUUCUCUCUGACCUUCAUUUGCCGCAUCCUGCCCUGUCACAGUCACAUCACAUCAGUUAAUUUUCAUACUGUAUUCCAGUCCCUCUCCCUCAACUGGCCAAUUUAACCUCAACUCAAUCAAACUUACUUCGUUUUCUUCCUCAGUUUCCACAUUAAGUUCUCGUACUCGUGAAACUUCAUUUGAACUAAUCAAACAAUAUACUCUUACAACUUUCACAUCCAGUGCUUUAUUGUUACUCACAGUUUAGCUACAAGACAAGACAGUGUUAUUGAGUGUGUUCAGUGAUUGUCUAACAUCAAAAUGGAAUUUGGGCAAUUUGUGGUGGAGGCGACCCCUGCGAGUCUAGAAGAAUCAGAGAGAUUGCAGAACUUAUCAGAAAGUCAAGUUGCUGAAGAUUAUCUACGAAACCCUCCGCUUCCAGUCAACCAGGAAAUCACCAUCGACAAACUAGGGAUACUCAACUUCAACUUGAUCACAAAAGAGCAUAAUGGUUUGUUGCGAUAUGGUGCGCUGAGGAUCAAGAGACCAGACCUGUUUCCGGAGGCUAAAGAUCCUGAGUUUGACUACACAGAUGAAGAACAAGUGUCACCAGUUAUUGUUAUCAGUGGUGAUAAGAAGUACAGAACUGAUCAGCUGUUGUGGUUUCCGCUGUCAGACGCCAUUGCUGGUAUCACCAUGCGACAAGGGGUUAUUAGAAAGAAACUGCUUCCCAUCAAGGUAAUGAUAGAUGAGAAGAAUCAGUGGGUAGCCCGCUUGCUGAAUCUGGCCAAAAUGGGGAAAUCUCAACUUCUUAAUUUAGUAAAUAAAUGGGUUGGUUUGAGAAAGUUUGUCUUCCAUUACCCUCUUCAAACUGGAGUACAAGUUUAUGGAUUUGUAUCUUUUAUUUCAAGUAUUCUGAUCGCAGAUGUCUUACUAAGCAAAGUCAUUGAUCAACAAAUGUGUGCAGAAUGGAGGACUGUGCAUACGCAAAUUGCACACAUGACCUCUCACUUGAAUUUCUACGGUAAUGCCCACCACAAGACUGACUUGUUGAGUUCAAUACAGAGUCAAGUUCAGAUUCAGUUGCAGUGUCUCUCUACAAAACACAACAUCCUACCACAAGCUUGUCAGGCAUUCAUAUCUGCUCUACUGCUCUGCUUUGUGAAGAGAGCAUCUGUUACACUGUGCUGGGUCGGCUGUAAGUUUGUGGUCAGUCUGAUGGAGUUCACUUUCCUCUACGAAUGGUGCAGACAAUUCUUUAUUCAAUUCUUCAGCUUUCAUUUCCCCUUUGCGUUGUUUGCAGUCAUUUUCAUAUCUGUCUAUGCAUAUGGAGUGUUAGUGGCAGUAAGUUACUAUGCUGAACUUACUGGAAAUCAAGCAUCAUACAAUUUAGACUCAAAGGAAAUGGAAACCAACGUUGACAUACCUAUUUCUCCAGAUUUGCCUAAUUUUUAGGGUUUUAGGAUACUGUUCAUGAAAUCUUCAUAGCGAGCUUAAGUUACAAAAUAGUGUUAAUGUCAACUAACUGUGAUCAUACAGACUAAGUAGUUUUAAGAUAGGAAACUGUAAAUUUAUAAUUUGGCUUUGCUUACAAACAAUUCUCUUAAAUUGACAACUGAGAAGAAUGGCAAUAAAAGCUGUCUGAAUAACUCACUUAUAAUGGUAGUUUUUCUAAGUGAUUAUAUAAAGACCUUUAAAAUAAAAACUCUCUUUUACUUUA